AUGACUGAGGCAGGGGAUUUGGCGAACAGUGAGAACCUAAGAAUGAAAUAUUUCCCCAGUUCUUUAACGAAGAAUGCCUCCACGUGGUUUACAACUUUGCCACCACAUUCCAUAGAUACUUGGCCUUAUUUUGAGAGAUUAUUUCAUGAACAAUUCUACAUGGGCCAAACUAAGAUAAGUCUUAAGGAAUUAGCCAGUAUUAAAAGAAAAUUCACUGAACCUAUAGAUGAUUAUCUGAAUAGGAACCCUAUCGAAACUGAAAAGAAUGAUAGAUUUCCUAAAAAGACUUACACAUUUGAUGUUACCAAAUAUGAUGAAAUCUUCGAUUUAUUAGUAAAAGAUGGCAAAAUGAUAGUACCUCCUAAUACCAAAAUUCCUUCGUUAGAACAACGGAAGAAAAGAGGCUUCUGUAAAUAUCCCAAUUUAUUAGGCCAUAAAACCUCACAAUGCUUUCUUUUCAGGGAUCUUAUUCAGAAUGCAAUUAAGGAUGGCCGCCUCAAGUUCACUAACAAGGGAAAAAACCAGAUGAAGAUUGACGUUGACCCCCUCAACAUUGCUGACACAAAUUAUGCUGAACCUGUCGAAAUCGACAUGAUUGACAUGGUGGAAGUGGAGGCUGUGAAGGAAACAGGAACUGAAGGUUAUGUGCUAGAUGGAAAGCAGGCUACUGAUGGCCUAAAUAAUGAUGUUCCCUUUGAAAUUUCUGUCAAAGGUGAAUAG